AUGUCGUCGCUGCUGCGGGUGGUCAUUAUCGCGGCGCGGUAUCUCCUAUGGGGAGAUCUCCUAGUCCUCCUCUCGUGGUCAAUGGAAGGAGCUGUCAAAAUAGACAAAAAUCUCAAUGACGACCUGAACCGCCUCGAGGGGAGUUCCGGAGAUCCAAAUGCCUCCCUAACAGAAACAAUCAUAUUGAAAACGACGGCGGAGUAUGCUAUCCCAAAGAUUACUCUGCAUGCACCUGAAAUUUCAUUCCCUGAAAUGGACCCUUAUCAAAUCUCUGAAACCCUAUCUGAAGUCCUUACUACUUCUACAACUCCUUCUGCUGAAUCAUCAUCCAUUACUACUAUCACUGAUGCUGAAACGGCACCUAUCACUAUCGUCACUGUUGCUGAAACACCCGCUAUUACUACCGCCACUACUGCCGACACCGUGGUAAUAACGGAUACUAAAAGUCAAUCCCAGGAAACCGGGCUUGAUACACAAAGUGACCUAUUAGGGUGCAAUUUCCCUGAGUUAUACCUGGGCUCCUUCAGGCUUCAUCCGCCGCCUUUCGACAUCUCAAAUCGGAUUGGCUUGUACCACUGGGAAUCGGCAGCACGUCAACUACAAGAGAUACGCCGUUUGAUCAAAGCCAAUGGAGAAACAUUGGUUAGGAAAUAUGGGUCUAUACACGUCGAUUAUCUUAACAAAGAGCUAGACAACUUUGUGGAUAAGCCCCUGAGGUUCGGAUGUAGAGUGCUCCCGUACCUACAGGCCAAACUGCUUGAACUUAGCACCAAUACGACCGGACUCAAUGCUGCAAAGAGAGAGCGUCGAAUUGCAUUGGCCAACUUGUUGGACGACGUAGAAAAAAAGAUACGACAGUCCCCAUGGGAAUCCUGGACUUUGACUGUGUUACCGGCGUGGGCCCGCGAGGCUCCAGAACUGCGCAGCAAGGCUUGUCCCAAACAAGACUGUUUCAGGGUGAAUGGAGCCACGCUUGAGUCUGUCACCCAGGACAUUCCGGAGAAGCUGCUGUUUGCAGUACUGGACAUCAAAGACCACGCACAGUGGACUGUUGUGAACAUUGGGAAGGCGCUCUAUCGUCGGAUGAAGGAGAUUUUAGUUGAAGUGGACAGCGCGUUCAUUACUUUCUAUGAGUCUAGGCAACUUAACACAGCACUACUCAUAGCCCUUCUUCUAGUCAAUGUAUCUCUGUUUCUAUUCAAUUUCUGGCCCCAGACGUACAGAAGUGUGAUGGCUGCCAGGAGACCUGAACCGGGGCUUUUUAAUAUCGGUGGUCCUGCUGAGGGGAUCGAAUUUAUGGCUGGUCCUCGAGCGGCGGGUGGUCCUCAGGCAGUGGGGGGUGGUCCUCCAGGCAACGAAGCAGCGGAUGGCCCUCAAGCGGCGGGUGGUGAUCCUCCAGGCGACGAGUAG